CCGAUGACUCCGCAGCCCCGGCCCACGCGCCGCCGAUGCAGCACCCCAGACGUCCACCAAACCCGAGUUGAUGAAAAAACACUUAACCGUCUCCGCUGCGGGGAGCCAUGAGCUGUCUGGAUGUUAUGUACCAAGUCUAUGGUCCUCCGCAGCCUUACUUCGCAGCCGCCUACACCCCCUACCACCAGAAACUAGCCUAUUACUCCAAAAUGCAGGAAGCCCAGGAGUGCAACGCCAGCCCCGGCAGCAGUGGCAGCGGCAGCUCCUCAGUUUCCAGCCAAACCCCAGCCAGUAUAAAAGAGGAAGAAGGCAGCCCAGAGAAAGAGCGCCCACCUGAGGCAGAGUACAUCAACUCCCGCUGCGUCCUGUUCACCUAUUUCCAGGGAGACAUCAGCUCUGUGGUGGAUGAGCAUUUCAGCAGAGCUCUGAGCCAACCAAGCAGCUACUCCCCCAGCUGUGCCAGCAGCAAAGCACCCAGGAGCUCUGGACCCUGGCGAGACGGCUCCUUCCCGAUGAGCCAGCGCAGCUUCCCCGCCUCCUUCUGGAACAGCGCGUACCAGGCACCGGUGCCCGCCACACUGGGCAGCCCUCUGGCCGCGGCGCACUCGGAGCUGCCCUUCGCCGCGGCCGACCCCUACUCGCCCCCCGCCCUGCACCGGCCGCACUUCGACCCGCGCUACGGGCCACUGCUGAUGCCCGCCGCCUCCGGGCGCCCGGCCCGCCUCGCACCCGCCCCGGCGCCAGCGUCCGGGAGCCCGGCCUGUGAGCUCUCCUCCAAAGGCGAGCCGACCAGCGCCGCGUGGGCUGCGCCCGGGGGACCGUUCGCGAACCCCGCGGGAGACGUGGCCCAGGGUUUGGGCCUCAGCGUGGACUCAGCUCGUCGUUAUUCCCUGUGUGGUGCAUCCCUCCUGAGCUGAUCGCUGACCCAGGCUUUCCCCUUCCUUAUCCCUUCUGACCGGCAAAAGAGGCUCAACACCUGUGCCUCCCUCCGCGAAUGAGGACAUAGGAAGGCAGAGACUUCAAACCUCUCCGUGUGUUGGGAUAACCAAACACCACAUCUACAAAAAUGUCAUCGACAAUGCGUUCUGCUGGAAGAGCCAAUCCAAAGACUCGACUCUGAGUCAUAGC